GGCCGCGGGCCGGGAAGGGGCGGGAGAGGAUUCCCGGAACCUGCCGCGCUCCUACGGCCGCUGCCGGUCCGUUCUUCCCGCGGGCUGAGGGAGCCGGGAACUGCCCGCCAUGUCCUCGGUGGCCGCCGCCAGCUGCGACGGCAAGGGCGCGGGGGAGGCGGGGCAGGAGAAGAAGCCGCUGAAGGCCUGCUGCGCCUGCCCCGAGACCAAGAAGGCGCGGGACGCCUGCAUUAUUGAGAAGGGAGAAGAAAAUUGUGGGCACCUAAUUGAAGCUCACAAAGAGUGUAUGAGAGCUCUGGGCUUCAAGAUAUGAGUGAGAUGAGCAGGACUGAGUGGGAUGAUGUCUUUGGUGUGACUGUGUUCUGGAAAGCUGCAAAAUAAAUUAUUUCUGCAAGUUACUUCAAAGAACAAAUAUAAACAAAGAAUCUAUUUAUGAAGAGUCUUUAAUGAUAGAGUAUGCAUCACAUCCGUAGCUUUUCCACUGCUUGCUCUUGACCACUGCUAUAGAAAAUAUAUUUUUUCCUCUUAAUAAAAGCCUGAAAAUGA